AUGAGUUUCGCCCUAAGAAUUCUUGUUGUUUUAUUGGCACCAUUAGCAGCCCUAAGUGCUCCUCCACCACAAAAUACAGUCAAAGCCAGACAUCUUUCAGGUUCCUCGUUUGGAGUUCCUGGGGAUGCCUCUUAUGAUUACGUGAUUAUAGGAGGUGGGAAUGCGGGAUUGACUUUAGCGGCUCGACUUUCAAAGAAAAAUACAGUGGCAGUUAUUGAGGCAGGAAGCUUCUAUGAAAUCGACAAUGGUAAUAUCAGUCAAGUUCCAGCCUUUGAUGCUUACUUCACUGGCAAAGAUCACAAUGAUUUCAACCCAUUAAUCGAUUGGGGGUUCUUGACAACACCUCAGAAUGAAUUGUUGAACGCUACGGCUCACUUCGCCAGAGGCAAGACGCUUGGAGGCUGCACCGCCAGAAAUUAUAUGGCCUACCACCGCGCGACGAAACAGACAUAUCAGAAAUGGGCAGAUGAUGUUGGCGAUCAAAGUUAUUCGUUCGAUCAGUGGUUGCCAUUUUUCGAGAAGAGUAUUCACUAUACACCGCCGGACCCACACAAGAGAGCGGCAAAUGCGACUCCGGCAGUUGACUUGAAACCCCUAGCGACUGGCGGUCCUUUGUCUGUCACUUUCUCAAAUUACGCGCAGGCGGGAGCUUCCUGGGUUGAAAAGGGGUUCCGAGAAAUUGGAAUCAGUUCUAUACUGGGAUUCACGAGCGGGAAUCUUCUAGGAUCCUCCUAUAUACUAGGGACGAUAAACGCAAAGACGCAGCUUCGAGAUUCCUCCGAAACAUCUUUUUUGGCAUCGGCUCUAGAUAGUGAAAAUCUGAGCGUGUACAUAUCAUCCCUAGCCAAAAGGAUCUUCUUCGACGACAAGAAAACUGCGGUUGGUGUUCAAGUAGAUACCGGAGGACGUUUGUACACCUUGUCUGCGAAAAGGGAGGUCAUCGUGUCUGCGGGUGCUUUUCAGUCGCCGCAGCUCCUUAUGGUCUCUGGUGUCGGCCCAGAAGCUAAUUUGAAGAAGCACAACAUUCCUGUCGUGGCAGCCAGACCCGGGGUUGGCCAGAACAUGUGGGAUCACGUUCUAAUGGGAAUUACUUACCGCAUGAACAUCAUAACCGCUUCAUCUCUAGGAGAGCCAGACUUUCUUCUGGAUGCUGAGCGAAGGUACAGGGAGGAUCAGUCAGGUAUUCUGACCAAUGCGGGUGGAGAUUGGCUAGCAUUUGAAAAGACGCCAGCCAAUUUGCGAGCUUCCUUCUCUAACUCAACUCAAGCCAAGCUUGCCCAAGUUCCUGCUGACUGGCCGGAAAUCGAAUACCUUAGCAUGUCGGGGUUCUUGGGUUUCCAGGAAAAUUUCAUUCGCGAUAGCCCGGCUGAUGGAUAUAACUAUGCAACAGUUUCCACUGCUUUGGUAGCUCCCUUUUCCAGAGGGACAAUCGACAUAGUGUCCGACGACAUGAAUGAUGCUCCACUCAUCGAUCCUAGAUGGCUUUCCGACCCCGCAGACCGAGAAGUUUUGCUAGCAGGAUUCAAACGGGUAAGGCAGCUAUUCAAUACCACCUCAAUGCAGCCCGUCUUGAUUGGAUCUGAAUACUUCCCCGGGGAGCAUGUCCAGACCGAUGAUGAAAUUAUCGCACACAUGAGGAAAGCAUCCAGCACUGUCUUCCAUCCCGCAGCCACUUGUGCAAUGGGACGUAGCAGCGAUCCAAAUGCGGUGGUCGACUCCAAGGCAAAGGUUAUUGGUGUGAAAAACUUAAGAGUUGUCGACGCCUCAGCCUUUCCUUUCCUUCCUCCCGGACAUCCAAUGGCCACCGUUUAUGCCCUUGCAGAGAAAAUUGCUGAUGAUAUCCUUAAUUCUUGA